GCGCGACUGGCACAUGCUGGGAGGCGCGUAGCGUGGCGUCGGGCCUGCUCUGGGACCACGCGUCCUUGAUUUUUGCACAAUCUCUGCGGCUUGACGUCCAUCACGCUCUCUUCUACAGUACCUAUCUCUCGCCGUCGUUGUCGUGUUGUUGUGCAUUGAAGCGCGUCUUGCACAGCCCGAGCGCAUUCGACUUGACCACUCGCCUUCGCCCUCGCCCUCGUCACCUCCCUCGACACCAUGGCUGCAGCAAUCCGCCCGUACGAAGACGACAGCGGGACCGUCGGUGUCGGCCAGGGCCCGCAGGUCAUCAGUACGUCCGAGGGCGUCGAUGUCAUCUGCGGCCCGCUGCUCAACUACCGGCGUACCAGCAACCAGCAGACCGGCCAGCCCAUCUGGCACGGCAGCGUCCUCAUCGUCACCACGCCCGGCCAGCAGGACCCGCAGCUCGUCCUGUCGCCCGCCGGCGCCAUCGACCCCAAUGUUGGCCACGCCGCCUACAAUGCCCCCAGCGAGCGCGCCUUCCGCGCCGAGAAGCUGUACGAGGACCCGCACAGGGCCUUCUGGCGCUUCAUCCUCGACGUGCCCUUCCAGCAGUUCGAGGCGCGCUGGCAGUACGACAUCCGCGGCCUCACCUACGUCGACCCCGAGAGCGCCGCCAAGCCGCAGACGUUCGUCGUGCCCUCGACGUCGCAGUCGAUGCGCAUCAUGUUCCACUCGUGCAACGGCUUCUCGGUUGGCACUGAUGUCGACGCCUGGUCGGGCCCCGCCCUGUGGAACGACGUCCUGCGCAUGCACGGCCAGAAGCCCUUCCACGUCAUGAUCGGGGGUGGUGACCAGAUCUACAACGACGGCGUGCGCGUCGACGGGCCCCUCAAGCCAUGGACCGCCAUCCACAACCCGCACAAGCGCCGCGAGUUUCUCUUUGGCGAGAAGAUGCGCGCCGACUGCGACGAGUACUACUUCAACAACUACGUGCGCUGGUACAGCCACAAGCCCUUCAGCACCGCCAAUGGCCAGAUCCCCCAGGUCAACAUCUGGGACGACCACGACAUCAUCGACGGCUUCGGCUCCUACACGGACAACUUCAUGAAGUGCCCCGUCUUCCGCGGCAUUGGCGGCGUCGCCCACAAGUACUACCUGCUCUUCCAGCACCACCUCGCCCCGCCCAAGAGCACCUACACCACCGACGCCCCCGACACCAUGACCGUGGGCCCAGACGGCACAACCCCCGCCGACCCCGUCCAGCUCAAGGACACGUUCGUCAUGACCGACGACGUGGGCGACCCUUCGUACCUGAUCGGGCACAAGCCAGGGCCCUACGUCGAGGAGCGUAGUCGUAGUAUCUACUGUCAGCUGGGCGCGCGCAUUGCCUUUGCGGGCAUCGACGCGCGCACAGAGCGCACCCGCCAUGUCAUCAACUACCCCGAGACGUACAAGAUGCUCUUCGACCGUCUGGACAAGGAGUUCACCGCCAACAAGGACCUCAAGCAUCUCAUUCUCCUCCUUGGCGUGCCCAUCGCCUACCCGCGUCUGAUCUGGCUGGAGAACAUCCUGGCGUCGCCCAUCAUUGCCCCCAUCAAGUUCCUGAACAAGCGCUUCGGCUUUGCAGGCGCCCUGUUCAACCAGUUCGACGGCAAGGUCGACUUGCUCGACGAUCUCGACGACCACUACACGUCCCGCCAGCACAAGCACGAGCGCCGCGAACUGGUCCAGAUGCUGCAGUCCUUCUCCAAGAAGUACUCGGCCCGCGUCACCAUCCUCGGCGGCGACGUGCAUCUCGCAGCUAUUGGUCGCUUCUACUCGAACCCCAAGCUGCAGAUCCCCGCUGAGCAGGACUGGCGCUACAUCCCCAACAUCAUCAGCUCCGCCAUCACCAACAAGCCGCCCCCACCCGCUGUUGCCAACCUGCUCGCCAAGCGCAACAAGAUCCACCACCUCGACCACGACACCGACGAGACACUACUGGAGAUCUUCGACCGCGACCCAGGCCUCGCAGGCCCCACGCGCGUCGUGACCGGCGGCCUCGACGACCACGUAAACGGCACCAGCAAAGAAGAAGGCAAAGGCCACGCGGAAAUCAACGGCAACAUCGUCAACAAAAAAACCAUCGAAUCCAACCACGCCACCAUGCCCUCGCGCAACUACGCCAUCAUCUGCGAGUCCACAGCCCCGACUACCUCCACGCUGUCCGCCCCGGCCCCCGCUCCCGGCCAGACCCCCUCCCUCAACGGCUCACACCUCUCCGCACCCAUCGCGAAGAAAGCAAAUCCCCGACACGCUAUUCAUGACGGCGAGCAGAACGCGGGGACUGCGCAUCCGGCGGCUGGGGGGCUGCUGCCUACGGGCUUGUGUGGCCCGUUUGGGCUGGAUGUUACCCUGCGAGUGGAGAUUAGCAAUCAGGAUCCUGAGGGCAGGACGGAUGGGUAUGGGUUUAGUGUGCCGGCGUUGGCGGUUAGUGAGGCGUUGAGGGAUUUGGGGGAGAGGUGGUAGGAGGAGGGAGAGGGAGGAAGAUGUAAUGGGUGGUGGUGGAUGGAUGGUGUGGUGGUGGUAGUCUUUUUUCGCUGCGUUGCGUUGCGUUGCGUUGCGCUGUGCUGUGCUGUGCUUCGGCUUAUACCCUUUGAAUUCUGUGUUUCUCAUUCCCACCCCCUAGCUUGUUUUUGCGCUGUGAGCUUGUAUGUAUGUAGCUCGCGUACUGAUGGUCGAAAUACUACCAUUCUGAUCCC